AUCUGCCUUCUGUGUCUCUCUUACCUCCUUGAUGUUCGGCACUAUUUGUGGCCGGCGUGGUGGAAGGACACAGUGAGGUUCUCACCCCCGCCCCCCGCUCCUCUCUCCCAUCCCAGUUCCAUCAAAACGAACCCGGGCCAGCGCAAGGAUCUCCGAGUUGCGAGUGUGCUGAGGCUGGGACUGUCACUCAUUCUCCGAUCAGCGCGUGAACGCAGCUCGGCUGCCGCUGGCAGGAAACAAUUCUGCAAAAAUAAUCAUACUCAGCCUGGCAAUUGUCUGCCCCUAAGUCUGUCGCUCUGCCGCCGUCCACACUCGCUGCAAGGGAGGGAGCACAGAAUUUACCGCGGCAAGAACAUCCCUCCCAGCCAGCAGAUUACAAUGCUGCAAACUAAGGAUCUCAUCUGGACUUUGUUUUUCCUGGGAACGGCAGCUUCUCUGCAGGUGGAUAUUGUUCCCAGCCAGGGGGAGAUCAGCGUUGGAGAGUCCAAAUUCUUCUUAUGCCAAGUGGCAGGAGAUGCCAAAGAUAAAGACAUCUCCUGGUUCUCCCCCAAUGGAGAAAAGCUCACCCCAAACCAGCAGCGGAUCUCAGUGGUGUGGAAUGAUGAUUCCUCCUCCACCCUCACCAUCUAUAAUGCCAACAUCGACGACGCCGGCAUUUACAAGUGUGUGGUUACAGGCGAGGAUGGCAGUGAGUCAGAGGCCACUGUCAACGUGAAGAUAUUUCAGAAACUCAUGUUCAAGAAUGCGCCAACCCCACAGGAGUUCCGGGAGGGGGAAGAUGCCGUGAUUGUGUGUGAUGUGGUCAGCUCCCUCCCGCCGACCAUCAUCUGGAAACACAAAGGCCGAGAUGUCAUCCUGAAAAAAGAUGUCCGAUUCAUAGUCCUGUCCAACAACUACCUGCAGAUCCGGGGCAUCAAGAAAACAGAUGAGGGCACUUAUCGCUGUGAGGGCAGAAUCCUGGCACGGGGGGAGAUCAACUUCAAGGACAUUCAGGUCGUUGUGAAUGUGCCACCCACCAUCCAGGCCAGGCAGAACAUCGUGAAUGCCACCGCCAACCUCGGCCAGUCCGUCACCCUGGUGUGUGAUGCCGAAGGCUUCCCGGAACCCACCAUGAGCUGGACAAAGGAUGGGGAACAGAUAGAGCAAGAGGAAGAUGACGAGAAGUACAUUUUCAGCGACGAUAGUUCCCAGCUGACCAUCAAAAAGGUGGAUAAGAACGACGAGGCUGAGUACAUCUGCAUUGCUGAGAACAAGGCUGGUGAGCAGGAUGCGACCAUCCACCUCAAAGUCUUCGCAAAACCCAAAAUCACAUAUGUAGAGAACCAGACUGCCAUGGAAUUGGAGGAGCAGGUCACUCUUACCUGUGAAGCCUCUGGAGACCCCAUUCCCUCCAUCACCUGGAGGACUUCUACCCGGAACAUCAGCAGCGAAGAAAAGGCUUCGUGGACUCGACCAGAGAAGCAAGAGACGCUGGAUGGGCACAUGGUGGUGCGCAGCCAUGCCCGUGUGUCAUCGCUGACCCUGAAGAGCAUCCAGUAUACUGACGCCGGAGAGUACAUCUGCACCGCCAGCAACACCAUCGGCCAGGACUCCCAGUCCAUGUACCUUGAAGUGCAAUAUGCCCCGAAGCUACAGGGCCCUGUGGCUGUGUACACUUGGGAGGGGAACCAGGUGAACAUCACCUGCGAGGUAUUUGCCUAUCCCAGUGCCACGAUCUCAUGGUUUCGGGAUGGCCAGCUGCUGCCAAGCUCCAACUACAGCAAUAUCAAGAUCUACAACACCCCCUCUGCCAGCUAUCUGGAGGUGACCCCGGACUCUGAAAAUGAUUUUGGAAACUACAACUGUACUGCAGUGAACCGCAUUGGGCAGGAGUCCUUGGAAUUCAUCCUUGUUCAAGCAGACACUCCCUCUUCACCAUCCAUCGACCAGGUGGAGCCAUACUCCAGCACAGCCCAGGUGCAGUUUGAUGAACCAGAGGCCACAGGUGGGGUGCCCAUCCUCAAAUACAAAGCUGAGUGGAGAGCAGUGGGUGAAGAAGUAUGGCAUUCCAAGUGGUAUGAUGCCAAGGAAGCCAGCAUGGAGGGCAUCGUCACCAUUGUGGGCCUCAAGCCCGAAACAACGUACGCCGUAAGGCUGGCGGCGCUCAAUGGCAAAGGGCUGGGUGAGAUCAGUGCGGCCUCCGAGUUCAAGACGCAGCCAGUCCAUAGCCCUCCUCCACCGGCAUCUGCUAGCUCGUCUACCCCUGUUCCAUUGUCUCCACCAGAUACAACCUGGCCUCUUCCUGCCCUUGCAACCACAGAACCAGCUAAAGGGGAACCCAGUGCACCUAAGCUCGAAGGGCAGAUGGGAGAGGAUGGAAACUCUAUUAAAGUGAACCUGAUCAAGCAGGAUGACGGCGGCUCCCCCAUCAGACACUAUCUGGUCAGGUACCGAGCGCUCUCCUCCGAGUGGAAACCAGAGAUCAGGCUCCCGUCUGGCAGUGACCACGUCAUGCUGAAGUCCCUGGACUGGAAUGCUGAGUAUGAGGUCUACGUGGUGGCUGAGAACCAGCAAGGAAAAUCCAAGGCAGCUCAUUUUGUGUUCAGGACCUCGGCGCAGCCCACAGCCAUCCCAGCCAACGGCAGCCCCACCUCAGGCCUGAGCACCGGGGCCAUCGUGGGCAUCCUCAUCGUCAUCUUCGUCCUGCUCCUGGUGGUCGUGGACAUCACCUGCUACUUCCUGAACAAAUGUGGCCUGUUCAUGUGCAUUGCGGUCAACCUGUGUGGAAAAGCCGGGCCCGGGGCCAAGGGCAAGGACAUGGAGGAGGGCAAGGCUGCCUUCUCGAAAGACGAGUCCAAGGAGCCCAUCGUGGAGGUCCGAACGGAGGAGGAGCGGACCCCAAACCAUGACGGAGGAAAACACACAGAGCCCAACGAGACCACGCCACUGACGGAGCCCGAGAAGGGCCCUGUAGAAGCAAAGCCAGAGUGCCAGGAGACAGAAACGAAGCCAGCGCCAGCCGAAGUCAAGACGGUCCCCAAUGACGCCACACAGACAAAGGAGAACGAGAGCAAAGCAUGAUGGGUGACGAGAACCGAGCAAAGAUCAAAAUAAAAAGUGACACAGCAGCUUCACCAGAGCAUUUCCAACACCACAGACACACACACACACACGCACACACACACACAUCUCAUUUCUCUAGUGUCUUUUGCCUUUAAAAAAAAAACUAAACAGAUAAAACAUGGGAAUCUUAUAGAAAGGGUCCCUUUGUUAGCACUCACUUGUAAGAAAAUGAGACAAAAAGGUUAAACCCACAGCCAAACUAGGACACUCCGUUCCCUGAAACCAUUUAAAAAUCAGACAAAAGGACCCCAAAUUAAGAAUCUAGGAAGCUCAGAAACAAAAUCUAGGUUCAGGAAGACCACACUUGGUGUUACCCGAUUGGCACAGACCAGUUUCAGAGAAAUAACUUUCAGGCACUAAGACUAAUCGAAUGAACAAAGUCCACAGUUUAUUUUUAUACUUUCAGUCAAGUUUGAACUCUGUAAAACCUCAUAAAUAAGUUAUAAUUUCUGUUCACUUUGUAUUUGUUCAGUAUGCAAAGUGUGUCACCCUUUCUAGCUGAAUUCAAUUCCCACGUAGACUCUUAUUUUGUAGGAAGAAUGCCAAAUUGCAGCUUCUGGGGGUAGAUCUCAAUUUGCAGUAUUCAGACUUAUUUUUCUUUCUUUUACAUUCUUUUCUUUUCUUUCUGCCAACUUUGUUUUCCAGUGUUUACAAGGUGACAAAUGUUCGACUUUGGUUGUGUUUAAAUGUCCAUGUGAAAUAGCUGCCUUUUAUUUUUUAAGGUAACAAAUACCACCUAGAGGUAGGUAGGAUCAUCCCACGCUUGCUUUAGCACAGGACGACUUUACAAAACAUGAUUGUUUACAGCUGCUCUUCCCCUCUUUUCUGAUCUGCAGUUUUUGCCUGGGUCCCACUCAGGUGAAAAUCCAUCUCAUUCUGGAAAGGUUUUGCUUUUUUAAUUUUUGGUUAUUUUUGUGUUUCUUUGGGGGUUAGACCACUUUCUGAUUAGCCGCCACCUGCCUGCAUCUGUGAAAAGGGAUCUGCUCCCAGGCGUUCUCACCCUUCUUUUGAAGGACUCCUUAGGCUUUGUUGAAUGAAGCAGAGAAGAUUGUAUAGUUGGGGCUGGUCUUGGUGAACACACAUUAUUACCCCACACAUCCCCUUUGUGUAGAAAGCCAAAUAAAAUAUAUACAUGCCAUUUCCUUUUGAGCCCAGAAUCUAGAUUUGAGCGGAAGAGCAUGUGUGCUUCAGGGAAUUAGUGUCUUUUUUUGGAAAUCUGUUGAAGUAAAGUAACAUCGGCCUUCUGUUCACUUAGGCAGCAUUUAUAGAAACAAAAGAAAAAAGAAACAACCUACUGUCUGGAGUCAUAACACAACUUUCCUGGAUUGGAAACCAAGUGGGGGAAAAAAUACAGAAACUUUAAGGGGGAUGGGAGGGCGGGGAGAAGGGAAAAGCCAGCCCUUUGUAUAGAAAUUUUGCUUUUUUUUUUUUUUUUUUUCCUCAUUCUACUUUAGAACUGCAAGCUUGUGCACUGUGGAUGCGUGAAUAUUUUAGUGUGAAACGUGUUUUUGUCAUAGUAUUGAAAUAAAACUUCAACAUAGUUUGGUUGUGGAAGGUAUAGCAGAUAGUUCAGAAAAAAAUAUUCAGGAAACAAAAAUCACUCUUAAAAGGAAUCGAAGCCUUUAAACAAAGAAAAUGAAAUACAAAUGAUAAUGAUGAUGAAGAUGACGCUAAGUAAACAGAAAUCAGUACUCCGCAUGCGCUCCUCUCCUAAGGUACAAAGCAGCAAGAGGUUAGGGUGGCAAGGCUGCCUCUGGGUCGAUUCUGUGGGCCAGUCUCCCCAGUGUUCUGACACUUCUGCAGUCCGAUCAGUGGCGAUGCUGGAUUAUACUUUCAAACUGUGAAGAAUCAUGGUCUUGUCAUUUGCUCAAUGUGGGGUUAUGUUGCAUUUUCUCAGCUCCUGGGGAUGGAAAUGGAGGAUCCCAGAACACACAGCCCUGGCCCCUUUGAUUCUAGGACCAGCACAGAUCUCUGGUUCAAAUGCACAGGCCCUCAGGACAGAGGAACAUGAAGAGAGAUUAUGGAACACACAGUAGAAUAUGAAAGCCUGGGUGUCUGAGACCGGGAGGGCCCAGCAGUGAGGGGCAGGCUCUUCCAGUCACCAGGCUCUUCAGCGGACUCAGUUCCUCAUCUUGUAGUGUUGAUGGCUUUGCCACACCAGGCCAAGCCCAUGCCGUUCCUUGUCAAGACUGUCAAAGUGGUUAUGGUUAGGUCAACUGAUUUUGGUUCUGAUGGUUAGGAAGAAACAGGUCAGCUCUCAGAUCACCUGGCUCUGCCAUUAGCUAGGACCUAAGACUCUGCCCACAUUUUGGUCUGUUCUCUCCCAUUACAUGUAGGUUUGUCUUAGCAUGCAAGAGUUUUCCUUUUUUUAAAAAAAAAAGUAAAUAAGCAAUGCUUUCUCUAAAAUCAAAGAGGCAGUCAUUUUAUUCCAAGAUGUUUUAUCUUUUAUGUUAAGAGAUCAAAGCUUAUAAUUUUCUUUUUUUUUUUAAUUUUUGAAGGAGGGAUCAAUUCCACCAGUUUCCAAUGUCUAUGUGUCUAUGUGUGUAUGUGCCAUACAUAUGUAUUCACAUGAAGACCGGCAUGGCCAACUUCUGCUGGAGGAGCGCUCAAGUGUGAUGAGCAGGGCCACUGGACCCUGCAGGGCUGUGGUGUACAUAGUGCAGCUUUGGAGGUGGAACUCUAUUUUCACACUUUUCUAUGGAGCCUUCCGAGUCCCAGGUUUUCACUCGAGGCGUCUGUCUGGAUGGUGGUUUUCAGACCUCCAUUAACAUCCCUACCCAGCAUUCUGUACUUCGGGGGCCUUCUCUCUUGUUAUAAAACUUUUUACCAAGUGAAACAUCGAUACCACCUUUGUUUCCAUUCUCACUGGUGUAAAUACUGAGUACUAACUGAGAAUUUUGACUUUGCAUUCUGUCAGAAUACUUGUGUUCAAUAAAAAUUGAAAGAAAAAAG